UAUCUCACACUAACACUCUCUCUAUAUAUAUCUCUCUCUCUCUCUCUAUCUCACAAUAACAAUCUCUAUCUCUCUCUCUCUAUAUGUAUAUCUGUCUAACAGAAACCUUCCCCUGGCCAUUAUCAUUGGUAUUCCCUUGGUGUCUGUGUGCUAUGUGCUGGUCAACAUUGCCUACUUCAGCGCCAUGACCGCUACGGAACUGCUGCAGUCUCCCGCUGUUGCUGUGACUUUUGGUGACAGAGUGCUGUACCCCCUGUCGUGGGUAGUCCCUGUGUUUGUCAUCUUCUCCACCUUCGGAGCGGCCAAUGGGAGCUGCUUCACAGCCGGCAGGUUGACCUAUGUGGCAGGAAGAGAGGGUCACAUGGUAAAGAUCUUGUCCUAUAUCAGUCUGAAGCGUUACACUCCUUCCCCUGCCCUCAUCUUCAAUGGUAUUCUGGCCGUAUUCUACAUUAUCCCAGCAGACAUCAACACCCUGAUCAACUACUUCAGUUUCACCCAGUGGGCUUUCUACGGCCUCACAGCUCUCGCUCUCAUCGUCAUGCGAUUCACCAGGAAGGAACUCAAGAGGCCCGUCAAGUGUCCCAUUCCCAUAGCAGUGCUGGUGAUGAUAGUGUCCUGCUACCUGGUCCUAGCACCGAUCAUAGACAAGCCAGAGCUGGAGUAUCUGUACUGUACCAUCUUCAUCCUCAGCGGUCUGCUGCUCUACUUCCCCUUCGUUCACCGCAGGUUCAGCUGGACACGCAGGGUCAUGAGGCCAAUCACCAUGCACCUCCAGCUGCUGAUGGAGGUCGUUCCUCCUGAGAAAAACGAAUAGAGGAAGAUAAUAAACAGCCUAAACUGACUGAUGUGGACAAAUGUAUUUUCGUGCAUCCCAAAUGUUACCCUUUUCCCUAUGUGGUGCACUACCCCAUAGACCUAGUCAAAAGUAGUGCACUACUUAGGGAAUAGGGUGCCAAUUGAGACACAGGCUUAGAAAUUAAGGUACUGUCCUGUCUCAUAAUGAAUGUUCUGUACUGUCUCAUAAUGAAUGUUCUGUACUGUCUCAUAAUGAAUGUUCUGUACUGUCUCAUAAUGAAUGUUCUGUACUGUCUCAUAAUGAAUGUUCUGUACUGUCUCAUAAUGAAGGUUCUGUACUGUCUCAUAAUGAAUGUUCUGUACUGUGUCAUAAUGAAUGUUCUGUACUGUCUCAUAAUGAAUGUUCUGUACUGUCUCAUAAUGAAUGUUCUGUACUGUCUCAUAAUGAAUGUUCUGUACUGUCUCAUAAUGAAUGUUCUGUACUGUCUCAUAAUGAAUGUUCUGUACUGUCUCAUAAUGAAUGUUCUGUACUGUCUCAUAAUGAAUGUUCUGUACUGUCUCAUAAUGAAGGUUCUGUACUGUCUCAUAAUGAAUGUUCUGUACUGUCUCAUAAUGAAGGUUCUGUACUGUCUCAUAAUGAAUGUUCUGUACUGUGUCAUAAUGAAUGUUCUGUACUGUCUCAUAAUGAAUGUUCUGUACUGUCUCAUAAUGAAGGUUCUGUACUGUCUCAUAAUGAAUGUUCUGUACUGUCUCAUAAUGAAGGUACUCUACUGUCUCAUAAUUAACUAAUUGACUAGAUAUAUGAGGUCAAUGGUUGCAUCUCAACUCACACCCUAUGCCCUAGGGAACAGGGCGCCAUCUCAAAUCACACCCUAUACCCUAGGGAACGGGGCGCCAUCUCAAAUCACACCCUAUGCCCUAGGGAACAGGGCGCCAUCUCAAAUCACACCCUAUACCCUAGGGAACGGGGCGCCAUCUCAAAUCACACCCUAUGCCCUAGGGAACGGGGCGCCAUUUGAAAUCACACCCUAUACCCUAGGGAACAGGGCGCCAUCUCAAAUCACACCCUAUACCCUAGGGAACGGGGCGCCAUCUCAACUCACACCCUAUG